UGUUAGCGCUAACCACAUCCGUCACUUGACACAAUCGAACGAGAAGACUAGAGCGAGCGAGUAGCGAGGGAGAGCUACGUUCAAAAUUCAUUCGGAGGCUGUUUGUGUGUUAAACGCGGUGUUGUUCGACCUUAAUCGGUACCGAACAUUAAUUUAAACUUGGCUGGUUGAAUCGUCGUCGAAAGCCGCAGUUCCAGCGGCCGAGCCCCGCGCGGCCUUGCCGUCUGGUUAAAGGGAGCCCGAAGAGGACUCGUAGUGAGUGGCUGGCUUCUUGCUUCUCCUCUCCUUGAAAAUGACAAAAUGGGACUAAAGUGAAGAGUUUCCCAAUCCUUGCUGAAAGCCACCUCAGCGUUUAGCUGGUUUGAGAUCAGUUUCUCGCCUCCUCUUAUCUUGCCGUGACGCACCUCAGCCAGCAGUCAAGCUACACGUAAAAGAUGGACGUCUGACGGAGGGACCAGAGGGUGACACAAGACUGCUUCCGCCCCUCCUUCCCGCUAACGCCCGCCAGAGGCCAUGGCGGGCCUCAAACGUCACCAUGACGGGAAGAUCGCCGGGCUAUACGACCUGGACAAGACGCUAGGCCGCGGACACUUCGCUGUAGUCAAACUGGCCCGGCAUGUCUUCACUGGAGAAAAGGUGGCGGUGAAGGUGAUCGAUAAGACCAAGCUUGAUCCAGUGGCGCGAGGCCACCUUUUCCAAGAGGUGCGAUGCAUGAAGCUAGUGCAGCACCCUAACGUGGUGCGGUUGUACGAGGUCAUCGACACAGCCACCAAGCUCUACCUCAUCCUGGAACUGGGGGACGGCGGAGACAUGUUCGACUGCAUCAUGAAGCACGAGGGAGGCCUCAGUGAGGAAGUUUCCAAGUGUUACUUCGCCCAGAUCGUACACGCCAUUUCCUACUGCCACCGGCUACACGUGGUGCACAGAGACCUGAAGCCCGAGAACGUGGUGUUCUUCGAGAAGCAGGGCGUCGUCAAGCUUACAGACUUUGGCUUCAGCAACAGGUUUCAGCCAGGAAAGAAGCUCAACACCUCAUGUGGCUCGCUGGCGUAUUCAGCACCCGAGAUCCUGCUGGGGGACGAAUAUGACGCGCCUGCUGUCGAUAUCUGGAGUCUGGGUGUGAUUCUCUUCAUGCUUGUGUGCGGCCAGCCGCCUUUCCAGGAGGCCAACGACAGCGAGACGCUCACCAUGAUCAUGGACUGCAAAUACACGGUGCCCCCGCACAUCUCAGGAGCUUGCAGAGAUCUUAUUAGCCACAUGCUGCAGCGCGACCCCAAGAAGCGAGCGACUCUGGAGGAAAUCGAGAACCACGCUUGGCUCCAAGGAGUCGACCCGUCGCCGGCCACUAAGCUCUCCACACCACUGGUAUCCCACCGUAGCUUGCUGGAAGAAGAGCACAGUUCCAUCAUCCAACGCAUGGUGCUGGGCGGCAUUGCAGACCGAGAUGCCAUAACUGAGGCUCUCGAGUCAAAUCAGUACAACCACAUCACGGCGACAUACUACCUACUGGCUGAGAGGAUGCUGAGGGAGCGACAAGAGAAGGAGCAACACAGCCAGACACGAUCGCCCAGCCCAAGCAAGGCCCAGUUUAGGCAGUCUUGGCCCACCCGAGUGGAUGUCCACCAGGAUGUCAGCGAUGGCUUAGGUGGCCCGGCCAUGUCACACCCCGGCGGGCCCCAAUCCCCCGCCCGCAGCGCCGAGAGCCUCCACAAAGGCCCCCGGCCCAAAACGGCUCUACUGGACCUUAGUCACAGGCAGGACCACCAGCAGUCAGUUGGUCAGAACCAGGAUAAGGGGCUCCGGCCUCUCGCUAAACCUCACUCCAAUCCUCUCAGACUGGGCUCUUUGACAUCAGGGGGGUCUUGUAAAACACGCAGUCCGAGCCUUUUCAGCGUGGAGGAGGAUGAGGAGGAGGAAGAAGAAGGCGAGGACCAAUGUUCCCCCUCUGCUCCUCCAGCUCAAGUGGUGCUUCGCGCCAAAGCCUCGUCGUCCCUGGCCUCGUCCCGUAAUAGGUUGACGUCCCGGAUGAGCGCUCCGGUUCUCAACCAGAUCCACGAGGACGAGCAAGGGGAAGAUGAGGAGGAAGAGGAAGAGGAGGGGGACUUAAAAGGGCACAGCGUGACUAAGCCCAGCCUCAGCCUGGAUCUGAACACCAGAACGGCGUCGCCUCCGUCGCCUAAAAUAGCGAGCUCGCCGGCACCCGUUGCCAACCUGACGCCCGGCUCGGAGACGAGCGAGGACAACACGGAGAGUCGGAGGACGUCGGACGCAGCGACGGGGGAAGGUACCGAAGAUGCCGAGAAAAGGGCGGCGGCCCAGGACAGCCACUCUCACUGCACCAGCCCCGGGUCCGUUUCGGGCCAAGGCAAGAACUCGGCCAAAGCUUCAAGCGGCUUGGUGGAAAGUCUCAAAUUGAUGAGCUUAUGCCUCAGCUCGCAGUUCCACAACCUGAAAGGUGGCGCGGGUGGGGGGACGCCGGGCAACGGCCCGCCCGGCAUCGGCGGGGACCCUCAGGAACGCCCCGUUUGGAGAAUGUGUGUCGGCGGCUCAACCGGCAGCUUGGACAAGGUCUCGCUUCUGGGGGGGCCGUCGCCCCGGGGGAAUCUGUACCAGCAGCCGCCCCCUUUGGGGGACGCUCUGGUCGACCCCCUGCUGGAGGGCUCCUGCUCGGGGACCUUGAUGCUGGGGGAGCUGGACCUGGCUCGCGAGAACCACAGGAACAUGAAGAACCGAGCUCUGCAAAUGCCUCUGAGCGACAAGACUCUGUCGGUCAACAUCCACCGCAGUCCUAAGGAGGGUCUCCUGUGCACCCCCACACCUCAUAGCUGCUGCCAGGUUAUUUAGUGGGGCACUCUAUUCAGAAUUUAGUCUGUAUCCUUCAUAUCCAGCUUAAAGCCCUUCACUCAUACACACAACAAUUUGUGUAAUUAAAUCUUGCUAGAAAACUACUGUUGUGCACUACUAGGCCCAACUAGUAAUCAUAAUGUCUUACUAGUGAGGACAAAGUUGUUAAACUUUAAAAAUGGAUAUCAAGGAUAUAAACUAAAUCUCAUUCCAAACUUGGCGACACUUGCCAGUGACUUUUGCCUGAUCACCCAGGAGGUGAUCUAAAUGCUGACUUUACACAGUUCAAGACGCGUUUUCCUAAAAGAGGCAUUAAGUGCACUCAUGUUAUGCACAAGGUUCGUACACAGUCGUUUCAUGUAACAUAUGUA